AUGUCCCCUCACCACGUUGACCUCCGUCAAGAGCAGCCACGGCCUGCCGCGUCCGGCGCCACGGGCGAUCACUCCGGGCAGCGACCCGUCAUAGUAAUAAUCCCCGGCGCCUGGCACCACCCUGUCCACUACAAUCUGCUUGCCAAAGGUCUCCGCCAGCUUGGUUUUGAAUUCGAGGUCGUUGAGCUCAGCACCAUGGGCGAGCCGGAAGCCAUCGUGGGCAAAACGCACCACGACGACGUCAAAAUCGUCCGGGACGCCAUUCAGCCCCAUCUGGACGCCGGGCGGGAGGUGGUCCUCGUACCCCACAGCUACGGCGGCUUCGUGGCCACGGACGUUGCUGCGGGCUGCACCGUCGAAGAAAGGCGUGAUGCGGCGGGCGGCGAUGACGGGUUGGAGGUGGGUGGUCGGGGCGGCGUCAAGGCAGUGGUUUACAUGGCUUCUCCGGUCACGUCUGAGAAGGGCGUAGGGCUUACGGCUGCGUGUGAGCUCGUGAGGGGGGAAUACCCAAUUCUCAUUGAAGGCUUCGUCAAUGUAGAAGAAGACGUCUCGCGCACUACCGACGAGAGCUGGAGGGUCCUCUACCACGGCGUGGAUGAGAAGCUGGCCAAGGAGGCGUUCGCCGCGACGAGCCGCCACCACAGCUCCAGCAGCUUCAUUUCCGAGGCCGCCGCCGGUGGGCGCGACCUCCGCACCGCGUUGACGUACGUAAUCACCGGCGAGGAAAAGUUCAUCCUGUCUCCUACGGUGCAGCACAGGAUCGCCGACAGCCUGGGGCCGCGGUGCACGAAGCAGGUGCUGGAGGGUUCGGGCCACGCGCCGUGGAUGCAGCCAGAGCUGUUGCCUAGACUGUUGGAUAUCAUCGAGGGGGCUGCGCAAGGCUAA